AUAACUUACUGCUACUUACUGUUACUUCCCACAAGGCCCGAGUGAGGUUCUUUCUCGUCAAGUAACAGCAGCAGCACCAUCAUGACCAGCAAGGUGAGCCGCGACACCUUGUACGAGUGUGUGAAUGCCACACUGCAGGGCUCCAAGGACAAGAAACGCCACUUUCGGGAAACUGUGGAGCUGCAGGUUGGCUUGAAGAACUAUGACCCCCAGAAGGACAAGCGAUUCAGUGGCACUGUUAAGUUGAAGCACAUUCCCAAGCCUAAGAUGAAGGUUUGUGUUCUUGGUGACCAGAUGCACAUUGAUGAAGCAAAUGAAAAUGAUAUGCCCUGUAUGUCUGCUGAUGAUCUCAAGAAGCUGAACAAGGACAAGAAACUUGUUAAGAAGCUAGCCAAGAAAUAUGAUGCAUUUAUUGCAUCUGAUGCCUUGAUUAAGCAAAUUCCCCGUUUGUUGGGUCCUGGCUUGAACAAGGCAGGCAAGUUCCCCACCAUGUGCACUCAUUCUGAGAAGUUGUCUGACAAGGUGGAUGAGAUUAAGGCCACAAUCAAGUUCCAGAUGAAGAAGGUGUUGUGUCUAUCAGUCGCCAUUGGCCACGUGCAUAUGACUGCUGAUGAAUUGGUUCAGAACAUCUACCUUGCAAUGAAUUUCCUUGUGUCUCUCCUUAAAAAGCACUGGCAGAAUGUGAGGUCCCUUCAUAUUAAGUCAACCAUGGGGAAACCCCAGCGUUUGUACUAAGCUAAUAAAAGGCAGAGUUUU